CUUCUGUUCUGAACGCGCCAGUCGUCGUCCUUCAAUAUCUCUUUGUAUACGAUUAGGGCUUGCAGACAGUGAGAGAGAGAGAGGGGAAUCGAAAUUGGCCUGAUAGCGAUCGUCGUUGAGAUUGAAAGAAGGACUUUGUCUCGGGUAGCAGAAGCCACAGACAUCACAAUGGAAUUGGCAGACAAGGCCGUUGGGUUUCUGUUAUCCUAUAUCAGUUUAUCUAUAUUCACUUAUUACACAUUUUGGGUUAUAAUCCUGCCGUUUGUAAACAGUGAUCACUUUAUCCACCGGUAUUUCCUGCCCCAAGAAUAUGCCAUAUUAAUACCUGUGUUUGCUGGCAUGGUGCUUCUCUGCUUCUUAUGCAUUUUCAUUGGAUAUGUGAUGCUCAAAUCCAAAAAGAAGAAAGCAUGAUACAAAGGGUUGCGAUUGCACAAGGGUGAGCUUUUCUUUGGAGGUGAAUCAGAGUAUAGAUUUUUAUAGUCAUUUUCUCAAAUGGAGCAGAUUACAUUACUUGUUUGUCUGUAUCAUUUCUAAUUCACCUUUCUACCCUUUUUUGUUUCUUUUAUCUCCAUAAUUGUGAUUAAGUGUUCAUUUGACGUUCAGAUAUGUGAUAGUUCUUCCAUAUUUCUAUGAUUGCAACACUAAUUAGACUGCCUAGGUAGGCCUGCAGGUUUAAGAGUCCAAAAUCUCAUCCAACUCUGUCGUAGUCUCUCUUUAUAAACCUUUGAGCCUGUAUGCUUGAAUUGGCAUAUAUAUGUAUAUGUAUAUGUAUAUCAUUUACAAAAAACUAGGAUCAACAAAGUCAUAUACUCUGGUCUCUAGCUGAUUAAUUCAUUAAAUAUGACAAAACCCAAUACUAAUCCUUUUCUAGAAAAUUAAACCUGCUUUUGGUAGGUCUGCAAUUAGUAUCAGAGGCAGCUUGCUCUGUUUUUUGCACAUGCAAGUAGGGCAGUUGAUUUUCUCCGCAUAGGCAAAAUAAUGCAUAUCUUUAUGUCCUUUGCCACAUCAAAUAAAAGUGAAUAUAAUCAGAACCACUUCCUUUUGAAGUACCUUUUGAGUGUUUAGAUUUUAGGUCCCACUUCCCCCAAUAUUGCUUGUAUUAAAAAAA